AGUGGCAACGCCAUCAGCCAAGUACAUUUUCUGCACAAAACAAAGCAUUAAAAAGUUAGUUGGAAACUAAAAUAGAAUUAAAUAUGGAUUUAAACAUGAAACCCUCUCUGGCUGCCGACGAAAUGUUUUCCGAAGGGCCCGGCUACAUGGAAAUGGACGAGUCCGGCGGAGCCACAGGAAUGAUGAUGGACCACCUGCCGUCCAACGAUAAGCACGUCCACGCAGACUUCUACAACGAUUUCGAUGAUCUGUUCGACGACGACAACUGGGCCAAGAUGAAAUCCGAUGGGAAACAGUAGGCGCCACCGCUCAAUGAAUGGAUUGAAAGAAAUGUGUCUGCAAUUCGUUCUUUUGUCUGUAAUUUUACUUGCGCAAUCAUCAGCGAUCUUCGGUGUAUAAAAAAUUGCUGCAACUAUUGUUUAAUCGCUAUAAUAUUAUAUUCAUUUGGUUCGUAUAACUAACGUAAAUUGCCAUGUGAAGAUAGUGCCGAGGUGGAUAUGAACUUUGGCGUAGCGUAAAUCAACAAAAUUCAUAAUUUUGUACAAAAAAACGAAACUAGUAACUAAAUUUAUCGAACUGAGUUGCAGGUGGAAUGAAGCAAUCAUAAUUGAGAUAAAUACAAAUGUACACAAUAACCUA